UGUGUUUGUGUGUUUGUACAGAAAGUGGUUGCCCCUGGCUGAACUUCAGUAUCGUUGCUUCCCUGAAGUAUGAUACCUGAUUGUCUCAGGAUUCAUGUUAUUGGCACGCCGUUCUGAAUGUAGGACUUCUUCGACAUCUUUACCCUGCAUAUUGCGCGCACCGUCUCGCCUGACGAACGCGCCCACCUAUUUAACCGCUCAGCCAAUCCCGUUUGAGAUGUCAGAGAAAGUUUAGCAAGCACGUGCAUCACUAUAUGAGAGGAGAUAGCAGGCUGGGGUUGGUAGUGUUCAAAGACGCGGAUGGACCUAAUGUCGCUGAACAUGAAUAAUGACAUGAACCGAGAGGCGGAGGUACAGGUCAAUUCCGCAUCCAAGCGCAUUCGAACAGAGGUGAAGGCCAGGAGGGCUCUGUGGUUGUCAGUGGGCAUGCUGUGUCUCUCUCUGCUGCUGGUCGUGCUGGGCAUCUACACCACCACCCGCACAGAGAGCUUGAGCAUCACAGGGUACUUCUCUGGAGCCAUUUUGGCGUUUGGAUCGUUCCUAGGGGUUCUCGGGCUCUGCCUUGAAGAGAAUCGAAAACAGCUGCUGACGGCGGCCAUUGUUUUCCUGAGCUUGGGAAUCAUUGCGGCCUUUCUGUGUCUGGUGAUAGACGGCGUCUUCAUCGUCUUCAACAUGGAUAUUCGACCUUUAAAAGCUGGAAGGUGUCAGUUCUACACCAGCGGCAACAGCUAUAUCUAUGAGAACUACCAUGCCUCUGUUCCCUGCAGAAACCUGGAGGAGUCCUGCAGUGUGACUAUACGCAGUGGCACCUGCUACUGUUGUGAUCUGUACGACUGUGCCAAUGGCGGCUUCCUCAACAACUACUAUGAGUUUGUUGGAGUGCGAGGCUGCCAAGACGUGCUGACUCUUUACAUCCUCAUCUGGACCCUGACUAGCCUCAACCUGGUGGCCUUCAUCACGGGCAUAGUGACCGCAGCAGUGCUUGGAAGCGUGAAAAGCCUGACCAGCUACAGGCCAGUGACCCAGUCUUCAGAGGACCGAACGUCUUCUCCUACCGCUCCACUGCUGCUUAGUGACAACCCACACUCGACACAGCCUCUGCACCUGGGAGGCUCUCUGUACCCCUCUUUGGGGUCAGGUAGGGUCACUCCUCAGAGUGAUCCGUCCUCUCCGCUGGAGACCAACCCUCCUCCGUUCGCUCCUCUGGCCAGCCGGCUGCGCUACGCGGCCCAGCAGGGCUUCCCAGGCUGAGGCACGCCACGGCCCUCUGGCCGGCCCUCACCUACUGGGGAACAUCUGCUUCAUAAUGGGAUUCAAGGAUUCGGCGUAAAAGUGAGAUAAGGGAAAUAAUGUUAUGAUGAAUAUACUGGAGCAUGGUGGGG